CAGUUGUAGGCUCAGCUAUGAUGGCAGCCGUAGGUUGACAUCAAUACGAUACUGAAUAUAAAGUAUUUAAAAGUUAGCGGAAACUCCCCCGACACAAUAACGUGGAACAAACUAACAGUUUUCUGAUAGUACACGCUUAAAACACACACCCGCCCGGUUUGGGGAACGUGGCACUAUGCCCGCAGCUACUGUGGAUCACAGCCAAAGAAUAUGUGAGGUUUGGGCCAACAACCUGGAGGAGGAGCUGAAGAGGAUACGACAUGUCAUUCGAAAGUACAACUACAUUGCUAUGGACACGGAGUUUCCAGGUGUUGUAGCCAGACCGAUCGGAGAGUUCAGAAGCAACGCUGACUAUCAGUACCAAUUGCUGCGCUGCAAUGUGGAUUUGCUCAAGAUAAUACAGCUGGGCCUCACAUUUAUGAACGAGCAGGGGGACUACCCACCCGGGACGUCAACGUGGCAGUUCAAUUUUAAGUUUAACCUCACAGAAGAUAUGUAUGCACAGGACUCCAUUGAGCUCCUGACCACUUCAGGGAUUCAGUUCAAGAAGCACGAGGACGAAGGCAUCGAGACGCUUUACUUUGCAGAGUUGCUGAUGACAUCAGGUGUGGUGCUCUGCGAUGGAGUCAAGUGGCUGUCUUUUCACAGUGGCUAUGACUUUGGAUACCUGAUUAAGAUUCUGUCCAACGCUAACCUUCCUGAGGAGGAGGUGGACUUCUUUGAGAUUCUUCGCCUGUACUUCCCAGUCAUUUACGAUGUCAAGUACCUCAUGAAGAGCUGUAAAAACCUGAAGGGUGGGCUUCAGGAAGUAGCUGAGCAACUAGAGCUGGAGAGGAUUGGACCACAACAUCAGGCUGGCUCGGACUCUUUGCUCACAGGCAUGGCUUUCUUCAAGAUGAGAGAGAUGUUCUUUGAGGAUCAUAUCGACGAUGCAAAGUACUGUGGUCACUUGUACGGGCUCGGCUCGGGCUCCGCCUACGUCCAGAACGGAACCGGAAACGCGUAUGAAGAAGAGGCUAACAAGCAGCAGUCGUGACAUCGCUCCGAAACUCUUCCCAUCCUGCACUUCACGCCCAAAAUCAGUGCGGCUCUGACGCCAAGCUCCCGAGUGACAAUAAUAAUGGAAGAAGAAAAUAACCUACACGUGCAUCGUUUAGCAAGCUGUUUCUCAAGUUUCUCAUAGGCUCUGCUCACUUUAGACCAAUGAAUAGGAUGGUCCAAAAAAACAAAAGAAUCACCGCUGUCCUCACACAUGCAAACAACUGCAUGUGUUUGAGUUUAGUCUUUUAUUCCUAA